CCUCGAGCUGAGUGGAUCGCACAGAUCGAAAGAAGAACAAAUACUUGCGAAGCGCGCUCUCGUGUGUUACUGUUGCUCCCACUCUCUCUCUCUCACCCAAGCGAUCCUCGAGAGAAAUUAGUGUAGUUAAAAUUGUAGAUUGUAGUUGAAUCCCGAUCCCUAGUGCAUCCGUUUUUGUGUUCGUCUUUUGGUUUUGCAUGCAUUUCAUUUUGGUUGUUUGUGUUUGUGCCUGGUUCCUGUCUUCUUCCGUUGUGCCACAUCUCGGAAAGGAUAAUCAUUAUCACCAACACACAAGAAUGGAGGCCAAUGUCAAUUCCCCCACCACGCCGACCACAACCUCCACUUCGUCAACGGUGGUGGUGUCCACACCCUCGCCGGCUGCCAGUACGAGCAGCAAGAGUCAGCACAGUCACAGCCUGCCAGCAUCCAGCGGGAGUCUGAGUCUGGCUCCAGCUUCCACCUCCACCUCUGCCACAGCCACAGCCACGCCCACCACCCACGUCACGCAGUCGCAGCUGCUGACCACCAGCCUGGAGGCGGCCAAGCAGGAGGAUCUCUACAACUUGUCACUGGCCAGCGGGCUGUCCGAGGGUCAGCGGUCCCUUUCCGGCGCCCCGUCGGCAUCCUCGAGUCCCAUUCUGAGUCCACAGGGCAAGAUCUUCGGGAGGAAUGCGAAUGGAACAAUGAUCACCACAUCGCGGCCGGGCAACGAGGCGGAGGUGCAGCUGUACCGGGUGCUCCAGCGGGCCAGUCUGCUGGCCUACUACGACACGCUCCUCGAGAUGGGCGGCGACGAUGUGCAGCAGCUGUACGACGCCGGCGAGGAGGAGUUCCUCGAGAUCAUGGCUUUAGUGGGCAUGGCAUCCAAGCCGCUGCAUGUGCGUCGCCUGCAGAAGGCCCUGCACGAGUGGGCCAACAAUCCUGCUCUGUUCCAGGGCGUCCCCAUGCCGCAGCUGGGUAAGCCUGAUCCCAGUCAGCUUCUGGUGUCCAUGUCUAAACGCGUGAUGCUGCUUCCAGGUCUGUGUGAGACGCCGCCCAAGCCAGCGCUCGUCUUCAAUCCGGACACAACGCCUGCCCUGCCACGACAGAAAUUUCCCUCCUUCAAUGCGACAGGCUCCUUCCAACCCUCGCCAGCCCCCGUGCCGGCCAUAGGUCCGGUUGUGUCCGCUGUGACGGCAACAGCGACGGCGGCCACGACUGUCCCCCACCUCCUAUCUCAAAUUAGUUGCACCCCGGUGCCCGUCCUUCCCUCCAUUGUCCCGCCCUCCACAACACCCCUGACCAGCAAUCCCAAUGCCCAGACACAUGCCAAUGCCAAUGCCAGCAGCAUGCCGGGAUCAGCGGCCUGUGUCUCAGUCAGCACUGCCCACCAGGUGUCCUCCAGCUCGCCCCAGCUGACGCCGGUCCUCACCGAGAUGCAAAUCCAGCGCAUCACCAUGUGCGCGGAGAAGAUCGGCCGCCAGCUGCCGCAGCGGGAGCCACGCGCCCAGACCACCCGGAAGCGCACCACCCGCGAGCUGGAGCAGGUGAUAGCCAUGAGCGAGCACGAUCCACGGCGCAUGGACGAGAUCCGUAAGUACUCCGCCAUCUAUGGCCGCUUCGACUGCAAGCGCCGCCCGGAGAAGCCUCUCACGCUGCACGAGGUGUGCGUCAACGAGGCGGCGGCCCAGCUCUGCCGCAAUCCUCAGACCAUCUGGCUGCUCACCCGGCGCGACGAGCUCUUUCCGCUGGCGCGACAGAUAGUCAAGGAUGCAGGAUUUGGCCACUCCGCGAGUAUAGCCCGCUACGGGGGACUGCUCACCCAGCUGCCAGGUGCCCAGGGUGCGGGUGGAGCGCGUGGCUCUGGCUCCGGCUCAGCCUCGGGCUGUGUGCCCAGCGAUGUUGACUGCGAGUCGAGCGAUGCUUCGGUGCAGCCCAAGCGGCAUCGUCUCUCCUCCACGGAGGCGGCACAGCUGCCCAUGGACCUGAACAGGGAAGCGGUGGAGGACUCGCGCUACAAUCUCUUUGCCAUGUACCAGAAGUUCGCCAAGCCGCCAUUCGACCUCACGGAGAUUGCCAAGUUCUCACUGGGCAAGACGGCCGACUUUGAGGACAACGAUUCGCGGUUCUCCUUCAGCAACUCGUCCAGCUCCCCGCCAAUGCCAGCGACCUGCAAUGGUCUGGACGGUGAGCGGUCGCCCGUCUCCCGUCAGAUGGAUGCCUCGUCCCUGCCCUGCGAAUCUGUGGAUCUAAGUGGCUCUGUCUCCGCGCCCUCUACACUGAGCGGCGUCCAGGUCAUCUCAGCUGCGGGGGACAACAUCAUAGCCGUGGCCAAUCCCGCCCUGGCCCUGAGUCCUACGCUGAAUGAAGUUCUGGCCCUGAAGAGGAAUGCGGCUGCCGCCUCCCCGGAAGCCUAGAUGAAAAGAGACGCGAUGCCCCAUGUAGUGCCAGAUUUAGAUAUACAAAUCGUUAUAAUUCAAGUGCAAUUCCAUUAGUUUAGAUUCGUCCAAGAGGAAACUUUGCUUAGGAUGAGUUUUAAGUGAAUGAUUAGUUUGUAAUCUCUGUGAUCUAUACUAAAAUA